GCCAACGUGCCACACACCCGGCUGACUCGAAGACGGACCUGUGCCGAGUGGCGGAAAUCACCCGGAGGGACCGGCGCUCUUGAAAUCUCGCGAGAAAGACCUCUCCCACUUCCUUCCUCUGAUUCUCCCUCCUCUUUCCCCUGCCCCCUCCCUUUUCCUAUUCCCCUUCCCCCUCCCGGGUCGGAGUGUGUCUGCGCCCCAAGAGCCAGCAGUAGCUAGAGCAGCUUUCCUCACUCCCUCCCCCUCGCCUCACUCAUCGCCCCCCCCCCCGCCCCGCCGAGCGAGGAGGAGCCGGAGGAGAGAAAGAUGGCGGCGGCCGCCAGCACCCGCGGUGCCGCGGGGCCGCUCCGAGGAGCCUAAGAGACCCACGGAAGCUUCGCGGGAAGACGCUGCGGCGGAGGAUGAGCCUGCAGAGCGCGCAGUACCUCCGGUAAUUCUCAUCGUAGUCCUGCAAGAACCCUGCUGGGUAACCUCUGUCUGUCCUAUAGAGAUCUCUGAGCUUUCAGACAGUGAUACAGAAUGACAAUUUGAUCAAAAACAAGAUUCUGUUAGAUACAUAGGAAACACUUUUAAAAGAAUGUCUUAAACCAUUCUACCUUAAGAGAAAUUGGAUGUUCUUGCAGAUAGUCAUUGUGGGAGAAAACGUUUCAUUUAAGUCCCAGAUGAGGACCGAAAACUUGAAAUCAGAAGAGCAUCUGAAAUCAAGUAAUAUUAGGCAGGCCGAAGUCCUGAAAGCUGAUAUGACAGAUUCUAAGCUGGGUCCAGCUGAGGUCUGGACAUCCAGGCAGGCUCUGCAGGACCUGUACCAGAAAAUGCUAGUUACUGAUUUGGAAUAUGCUUUAGACAAGAAAGUAGAACAAGAUCUCUGGAAUCAUGCCUUUAAGAAUCAGAUCACAACACUACAAGGUCAAGCAAAGAAUCGAGCAAACCCAAAUCGGAGUGAAGUCCAGGCAAACCUUUCUCUGUUCCUAGAGGCAGCUAGUGGCUUCUACACUCAGUUAUUACAGGAACUGUGUACAGUGUUUAAUGUAGAUUUACCAUGCCGUGUGAAGUCUUCCCAGUUGGGAAUUAUCAGCAAUAAACAGACGCAUACCAGCGCCAUAGUGAAGCCACAGUCUAGCUCCUGUUCCUAUAUCUGCCAGCACUGCCUCGUCCACCUUGGAGACAUUGCUCGAUACAGAAACCAGACCAGCCAGGCAGAGUCCUACUAUAGGCAUGCAGCUCAGCUUGUCCCCUCCAAUGGUCAGCCUUACAAUCAGUUGGCUAUCUUAGCUUCUUCCAAAGGAGACCAUCUGACCACAAUUUUCUACUACUGCAGAAGCAUUGCUGUGAAGUUCCCUUUCCCAGCUGCCUCCACUAAUCUACAAAAAGCACUUUCUAAAGCACUGGAAAGCCGGGAUGAGGUGAAAACCAAAUGGGGUGUUUCUGACUUUAUCAAGGCCUUUAUUAAAUUCCAUGGUCAUGUGUACCUGAGUAAGAGCUUGGAGAAGUUGAGCCCUCUUCGAGAGAAAUUGGAAGAACAGUUUAAGAGGCUGCUAUUCCAAAAAGCUUUCAACUCUCAGCAGUUAGUUCAUGUCACUGUCAUUAACCUGUUUCAACUUCAUCACCUCCGUGACUUUAGCAAUGAAACAGAGCAGCAUAGUUAUAGCCAAGAUGAGCAGCUAUGUUGGACACAGUUAUUGGCCCUCUUUAUGUCUUUUCUUGGCACCCUGUGCAAGUGUCCCCUUCAAAACGAGUCCCAGGAGGAGACAUACAAUGCCUAUCCUCUUCCAGCGGUCAAAGUCUCCAUGGACUGGCUGAGACUCAGACCUAGAGUCUUUCAGGAGGCAGUGGUGGAUGAAAGACAGUACAUUUGGCCCUGGCUAAUUUCUCUUCUAAAUAGUUUCCAUCCCCAUGAAGAGGAUCUCUCAAGUACUAAUGCUACACCGCUUCCAGAGGAGUUUGAGUUACAAGGAUUCUUAGCUUUGAGACCUUCUUUCAGGAACUUGGAUUUUUCCAAAGGCCAUCAGGGUAUUACAGGAGAUAAAGGGGGUCAGCAGCGACGAAUACGACAGCAGCGUUUAAUUUCUAUAGGCAAAUGGAUUGCUGAUAAUCAGCCAAGGUUGAUUCAGUGUGAAAAUGAGGUAGGGAAAUUGUUGUUUAUCACAGAAAUCCCAGAAUUAAUACUGGAAGACCCCAGUGAAACCAAAGAGAACCUCAUUCUGCAAGAAACAUCUGUGAUAGAGUCUCUGGUUGCUGAUGGGAGCCCAGGACUGAAAUCAGUGCUGUCUACAGGCCGAAAUCUGAGCAACAACUGUGACACAGGAGAGAAACCAGUGGUCACCUUCAAAGAGAAUAUUAAGCCACGAGAAGUGAACAGAGACCAAGGAAGAACUUUUCCUCCCAAAGAGGUGAGAAGGGACUGUAGCAAUGGAAUAACUGUAACUAAGAAUGAUGGAAAGAAGGACAACAACAAGAGGAAAACUGAAACCAAGAAAUGCACCUUAGAAAAGUUACAGGAAACAGGAAAGCAGAAUGUGGCAGUGCAGGUAAAAUCUCAGACAGAACUAAGAAAAACUCCAGUGUCCGAAGCCAGGAAAACACCUGUAACUCAAACCCCAAGUCAAGCAAGUAACUCCCAGUUCAUCCCCAUUCAUCAUCCUGGAGCCUUCCCUCCUCUUCCCAGCCGUCCAGGGUUCCCGCCCCCAACAUAUGUUAUCCCGCCUCCUGUGGCAUUUUCUAUGGGCUCAGGUUACACCUUCCCAGCUGGUGUUUCUGUCCCAGGAACCUUUCUUCAGUCUGCAGCUCACUCUCCAGCAGGAAACCAGGUGCAAGCUGGGAAACAGUCCCACAUUCCUUACAGCCAGCAACGGCCCUCUGGACCAGGGCCAAUGAACCAGGGACCUCAACAAUCACAGCCACCUUCCCAGCAACCCCUUACAUCUUUACCAGCUCAGCCAACAGCACAGUCUACAAGCCAGUUGCAGGUUCAAGCUCUAGCUCAGCAGCAAUCCCCUACAAAAGCCGUGCCAGCUUUGGGGAAAAGCCCACCUCACCACUCUGGAUUCCAGCAGUAUCAACCGUCAGAUGCCUCCAAACAGCUGUGGAAUCCCCCUCAGGUUCAAGGCCCACUAGGGAAAAUCAUGCCUGUGAAACAGCCCUACUACCUUCAGACCCAAGACCCCAUAAAACUGUUUGAGCCGUCAUUGCAACCUCCUGUAAUGCAGCAGCAGCCUCUAGAGAAAAAAAUGAAGCCUUUUCCCAUGGAGCCAUAUAACCAUAACCCCUCAGAAGUCAAAGUCCCAGAAUUCUACUGGGACUCUUCCUACAGCAUGGCUGAUAACAGAGCUAUCAUGGCACAGCAAGCAAACAUGGACCGCAGGGGCAAACGGUCCCCAGGAGUCUUCCAUCCAGAGCAGGAUCCUGUGCCCAGGAUGCCAUUUGAGGACCCUAAGGGCUCCCCUUUGCUUCCUCCGGACCUGUUAAAGAGUCUGGCUGCCUUGGAGGAAGAGGAAGAGCUGAUAUUUUCUAACCCUCCUGAUCUUUACCCAGCUCUGCUGGGGCCUCUCGCCUCUCUUCCUGGACGAAGCCUCUUUAAAUCCUUAUUGGAGAAGCCUUCAGAGCUCAUGUCACAUUCAUCCUCUUUCCUGUCCCUCACCGGAUUCUCUCUCAAUCAGGAGAGAUACCCAAAUAAUAGCAUGUUCAAUGAGGUUUAUGGGAAGAACCUGACAGCCAGCUCCAAAGCAGAGCUUAAUCCCUCGAUGGCCCCCCAGGAAACAUCACUGUAUUCCCUUUUUGAAGGGACUCCAUGGUCCCCAUCACUUCCUGCCAGUUCAGAUCAUUCGACACCAGCCAGCCAGUCUCCUCAUUCCUCUAACCCAAGCAGCCUGCCUAGCUCUCCUCCAACACAUAAUCAUAAUUCGGUUCCAUUCUCCAAUUUUGGACCCAUUGGGACUCCAGAUAACAGAGAUAGAAGGACUGCAGAUCGGUGGAAAACUGAUAAACCAGCUAUGGGUGGGUUUGGUGUUGAUUAUCUCUCGGCAACAUCAAUCUCUGAGAGCAGUUGGCAUCAGGCCAGCACUCCAAUUGGCACCUGGACAGGCCAUGGCCCUUCCAUGGAGGAUUCCUCUGCUGUCCUGAUGGAAAGUCUCAAGGUGUGGGCUGUUUUGCAGUCUAUCUGGUCCAGCUCCAUGAUGCACCCUGGGCCCUCCGCUCUGGAGCAGUUGUUAAUGCAGCAGAAGCAGAAGCAGCAGCGGGGACAAGGCACCAUGAACCCUCCACACUGAGGUCAAGUGCAGCCCUGGGAACGAAGGCUCCGUAAACCAUGGCAUGUUGGGUUUGCAGGACUGGCCCAAACAGUCCCCUGCAGGUGGCAGCCCUCUUGUCUGUUCCUUGCUGUCAAGAGGGUGUAAGUGUUCCACCAGCCCGCUGAGUGUGCACGAAAUGUCCGCAGUGCAACAAAAAGAAAAAUCCAUCAGGAACUCUCCGUCCCCCCAGGUCCUUCUGGAGGGAGAGAGGAACUGCUGUUUGUCUCACUCAGUUACCUGAUGUCACCACCUCUCACCUUCUCCGUCGUGCAUGUCCCCAGCCACAUGGGAAGUGAAAGCUGAGAAGGGAAGGCAGGUGGGAGAAGCCAAUGGGAACUUCUCAGUCCUUUUUUCCUCUUUGGGGAAUAAAAUAGGAAUCCAUUAAUGAUUGCUUUGCUGACUGAGAAUGUAGUUGAAAUUAUUCCUAAACAUCUUUUAUUAUUGUUAUUACUGUCAAUAGGAAAAUAUCACACUGAAUUCUUCCAUACACAGGUGUUCUUCUAGUCAGUGUGUAGCAAAGACAGCCCUACUCGCUGCUCCUGUGAGAGGUUGGUGGUGACAGGAUAGGGAACCAGCCUCCUCAGCCAGUGGAAGUGUUCUGUGGGGAGAAUACAGGGUCUCUCAGAAGGUUCUGGCAAGCCCUUCUGUGACCUGAGGAUUCCAGCAGGAAAUGCCCUUCACUCUGUAGGUGCUCGAGCCCUCGAGGAUCCAGUGUGGGUGUUGGUGCUGGGCUGGACUAGCAGGUGACUGCUGUAGGAUUUUAAAUUAAUGUUUUUGAUUCCUGUACUUUUUGCAGUAACAUAGCAAGCAGUCUCACAGAAGGCAGGCUAGUCCAUUCACGGCCUGACUCAUUUUAUUGGGUAGAAGCUUUCAGUGUGGUUAUUUUUUGUUUGGUUAGUUUUUGUGCCCUCGUCCUACUUACCAGCCUCCUGCACCUGUGUCCAUCCCUUUUGCUAGUAAUUGUUUUUAUUCCUAAUGUGUACGACAUCUCGCCAAGAUCAACCACACGGGGUCCAGCAGUUGGGGCCCGAGAGUCUGAAGAGGAGGGAAGCAGUACCAUCUGCAUAGCCACAGAGAGACCAGGCCCCUGCCCAGCUGCAGUCUCCCAGCCUCCACUUCGAGAGUGAGAUUCUGGGCACAUGGACACAUGCACUUGGUGAAGAAAGAAGAACACAACGAAGACCAUUUGGGAAAACGUGAAAGAAAGGAAAAGAAACUUUUUAUUUGAUAUUUAUUAGGAGGAAAGAGGACUGAAGAUGUUCUUAUGUGGAAACAGAAGGACAGCAUUUCUGUUAGUCACUUCCUGGAAAAGUCAUAUUUUAAGGGAAAAUUAUGGAAACAAUCUAAAUGUCCAAUUGCUGUGCUAGUGGUAGGGGUUAUUUUCUGGGAGGUCUUUCCAUUUUGUGUGCGUGUGUGCGCGUGUGUGAGUGUGUGUGUGUGUGUGUGUGUGUGCGUGUGUGUACACCCACACAUACCUGUCUGCUCCUGCAGGAGGGAAUGGGUUGUGUGUUGACUGUAUGGAGUUAGUGUGGAACUUAGCUGGAGAACGGCUGCAGAGCAAAGCACAUCAAGGAGCCCCAGUUGUCACUGGAGUCUGGGCAACCCCAGCAAUUGAAAGGGGUUAGAUAAUGCUCAUUGCUCUUCAGAAAGAAUGGUUGACGCCCCCAUAUGCUUACAUUAUUGCUCUUUUAGUUUGACAUGGUAUUUAGGGUUUUUCUUUUGUUUUGUUUUGUUUUUGAAAGGUCUGAAAGGGUAACCCCCCCUCCCCGGUCUAAUGACAAUAUGAAGAGUCCUUUGUGCUUCUCUCCACCCCUUCCCUGUGUCGCCCUUUCCCCACCUCCGUCUUCCCUACUGCCUUUACCUAGUUUGUGUGAGCUCUGCAUUCAGGCAGCUGCGACAUUCCAGUGUUUGAACCGUCACUGAUUCCUGCACCCUAAACAAGCUAACCAGGUUUAUUGUCUCCCUCCCUGUAGUGCCCAGUUCCCAUCUGCAGCCCCAUUCUGCAUGAGAAUUUGCUGUUCGGAAUGUUUUCUGAUUCUUGGAGCGGGGUCCCUUACCUUACCAUCCUCACUGCAGGUGGAAUGAGGAGGGGGAGGAGAAUCUUCAUCCAAAACUGGUUUUGUGUAGUACACUUACUUUUGUGGGAAAUUUUUGUUUGAUGUUUGGGGGGGCGGUCUUUUUUCUUUUCUUUCUUUGUCUGUCUGUACAAGACCUGCAGCUGCUGAAAUCAGCUUUGCCUUUAAUUAAACCAUGUUCUCUCCAACCA